AUGACGCACCGAAGAGGGCCGUGGACACAACAAGAAGACGCCUGUCUGAUGCGACUAGUCGGCGAUCCGGGCCCUUUGAACUGGGUCCGCAUCUCGAAUACAUUGGGCACGCGGACUCCCAAGCAGUGCAGGGAACGCUAUCACCAGAAUCUCAAACCAUCGUUAAAUCACGAGCCGAUAACCCCCGAAGAGGGCAGGCAAAUCGAAAUGCUCGUCAACGCCAUUGGUAAGAGGUGGGCCGAGAUUGCACGUAAACUCAAUGGGCGGAGCGACAACGCCGUGAAGAAUUGGUGGAACGGCAAUCAGAACCGCAGAAGGCGACAUGAUCGGAGAAGAGCCCAUCAUGCAACAUAUGGCUUUAAAUAUGAGAACAGCUCAUAUUCUCAUUGCAGCUCUCUCCAGGGGUCCUUGUUCCCCCCUAGUCCCAUCUCGAAUAGGCUCCCGUAUCCGAACCACCGCAACUCAUCCCCAAAUCAUCUGUCCAUCCUCGGCAAUGCAUACGCCGGAUAUCACUGCGUUUCGAAUCUACCAUCCCCCUCUUCAACGGCCUCACCAAGGAGUGAUAUACUAGACGUCGACCCGACAUGUCUUUCUGAUUCGGGGUCAUGCUACACAACAUCCUCGCAUGAAAUCUAUAUGCGUGUUUCACCGCCAGUUCAACUGCCUCCCCUUCGAAACGUUGCCACUUCGGAUUCCGUACCACGCUCUCUUCCGGGUGUUGGCUCAUUACUCCAUUCCAGUGGCCACCCGACGGAGACCGUUGGCAGUCGUCAGCCACCUACUCCCAGCAACCCUUUUCUCCCCCUGGAUAAUCAGUUUGUAUCUGAGUCUUCGCAGUUCUCGGGUGCCAGUUUUCAUGCGUCUGGGAACAGGGACGCGAGGAUGGCUGUUCAACAGUUGGUGAACCAAUGA